AUGUAUCGAUUUUUACUUCGUAGUGCGGUGUUGGAGUGCUCCACUGCCAUUGGAGUUCGUUGCUUUGCGCGGGUUCCGGGGAUGCGCUGCAGGACCGCACGUCUACGCUGCGGUGUUUGCCCACCUCCUGUGGCGGUCUGCCAACGGCGCCACCAAUCGACGGCGGACAAAAAGUUUCACUGCACGGUCUGCAUGAAGGCGUUCCGCCUGGAGAUGGCGGCCCGUUUGCACCUCCAGCAGGCGCACGGUGGUGAGGGUGAGGUGGCCGCUGGACCCGGUCCCGGCCCCGGCUCUGGGACAGAGAGCCCCCCCGCCCCCAACACCUCCCACCCCCUCCACCCCCUUCACCCCAUGCCGCCGGUGGCCCCAGUCGAGAGGAACUUUGGCGACGACGAGGAUCGCCGCCCACGUCGGCAACGGCCCACACCAAAACCGCUUCACCAGCCUGAUCGGGAAGUCCCAGAGGUUGCCAUGACGGAGCUCCUUGGAGUAUGGGACAAGGUUGGACUCAGCAGACUGGAGGGAAAAUUUGUUCACAGUACUAUGGUAAUGAAAGUUUUUGCCGCGCGUCCAGAUGCUUCGGAGAAGCCACUUUACGAAUCAGUUACUCCUGAGGGUGAUAACCCUUUUGAGAAACUGGAACAGGUCGCCUCAGGGGGUGUGGUGAGUGAGUCCUACGUUGGAGAUGAGGCUUUCACGGAUAUAGACUUAAGUGGACCAUUUGCUGCGGCACCUGAUUAUACAUUAAACCCGUUUCGUGCGGGUAGGGUUGAUAACCCGUUUACAAAAACUUCUACACCCCAAUAUGAGGUAAAUAAACCUCUUAAGCAGCUGCAACAACAACAACAACAACAACAACAAAAAGAAGAGCCUGUGACAGCUCCAAUUACACCAUUCGGUCAGUUACCACUAUUUGGGAAACAACAAGUACCAAAGGAAACAAUAACGCCGAAUACAUCACAGCCAAAGGUUUCGGAUGUCAACGAAGUCUCCUCACCUUUCUCUGCAGCUGUGAGUGAUUCUCCAUUUACAGGGAAAGUAAAUUCUCCAUUCGCUUCCGAUUUUGGGGAUGUUGCUACACCAUUUGAGUCAUCACCGUUUACGGCAACAUCACCGUUUACUGUACCUGGAAUGCAACAAACUUCACCAUUUACUACAACAGAUGCUGCAAGUCCUUUUGCUCAGACUGGAUCUACAUUUCCUUCUACAUUCCCUAUGACAGUAGGAGUUCCCAAUAUUGCAACAAUGACUCAGCAAGAGCAAUCGGUUCCAGCUCCUGAACAUGAAUGUCCUACGUGUGGAAAGAAAUUUACUACCUUUGAUGGGGCAGCCAUGCACAGUAAAGCUAAACAUGGUAUUGUUCUUGAAGGUGAAAAGAAAGAUAAAGGUAAACAUCAAGGUCGUAAUGUGCCUGAUUUACCUGCAUAUAUUCCAAGUCCAGUGGAUCUUUCCUCAACAUCUCCCUUUGGAAUGAAAACUACUGUUAGUGCUUCAUGGGCAGAAACUGAACUUAUACCUCAUGCACAGUGUAUAAGUAAUAUUACAAUUGUCGGUCGUGUGCUGGAUAUCACACAAACAUUGGAAAACGUCUCUCAGGUGACCGUCUUUGUUCAAGGUGAAGAAAAUGGAGAAGAAGAAACAAUGACGCUUCACUGUUCUGGCGACAUCAAUGCUAAGGUUCGGGAUACGCUGAAACGUAAUGCUACUGUAUUUGUUAGUGGAACUCUUCGUCUUCAUCCUGUUUAUGAAGCAACCAACAAUAAGUAUUACAUGAGCCCUGUCGUGCAUGUGGCAUUGCCGACUGGAACAUUAGCUGUUAUCACAUAA